CUUAGUAUAUGAAGAGCUGAAAGGACUAAUCAAGUCGUUCGUCUCCAUCUCGACUUAACAUUCCCGUUGUGAAUGACUUUCCCAUCUAUUAUAGUUGGGCCUUCUUGUUUCUAGAUACGAUAUCGUCAUCAAUAAUUCAGAAAGAAAAAGGUGUAUCGUGAAACAAUAAGAACUCUCAUUUGGACCUUCAUCAUUGAGUGAAAGUGAAGUGUUCGGCAUACUCCCGUAAUUCAGCCUCCGUUUGAUGAGAAAGUCCUGAUACAGCUACCGUUCCGAGCACGAACUCAUGGCUUCAGAUACGGACAAGAGGUCGACCUCUUCCACUACUCCGAGCUCCAGCGAUGGGGAGUUGCGGAUAGACAUUGAGAAGCAAGAGUCUAGGAAUGCUUCGAUACAUGGGCAGCCGCGGGCCCAGGGUGAGGCGGUAUCAAAGGGCAAAGAAGAAGACGAUCAAUGGGAGGUAGAGCCGGAGCCGGAUUUUAUCGACCCCAAUGCAAGCGGUGCUGUCGGCACGUUGGGGCGGGUGCUUAGCCGGAUCUCGACCAACGCGAGUCGGAACCCCGGACCACCGCCGGACGGAGGAAAGACAGCCUGGCUGAUGGCCUUCUGUGGACAUUUGGUCGUAAUGAACACAUGGGGUUACAUAAACUCAUUCGGUAUCUUCCAAACAUACUACGCGGACACUCUAGGGCGGCCUCCCUCCGAUAUCUCUUGGAUCGGCAGCAUAACGGUGUGGCUGACCUUCUUCAUUGGAGCUUUUUCGGGUCGUCUCGUUGAUGCUGGCUUUCUGCGACCCGUCCUGGUCGUCGGGGCUACCUUUCUCCUUCUCGGCAUCUUCACCACGUCUGCCGCUACACAAUACUGGCAAAUCCUCAUUGCUCAAGGUCUGACUACGGGGAUCGGGUGCGGGUUUCUGUUCUGCGCGGCAAUCACAACAGUCUCGACGUAUUUUAGCAAAAAACGCUCUUUCGCCAUCGGCAUCGCCGCAUCCGGCAGUGUCACAGGCGGUCUGGUCUUUCCCGCUAUGGCCCGCCAGCUUCUACCGCAGAUCGGGUUUGGGUGGACGAUCCGCUCCAUGGGUCUCGUCACGGUUGUUUCAAUGAUUGUCGUAGUAACGUGUAUGCGGUCGCGCGUUCCCCCGCGACGCACGGGCUCCCUAGUUGAAUUGGCCGCAUUUCGGGAGCUCGAGUAUACCUUUUACGCAUUUGGGACAUUUUUCAACUUCUGGGGCAUCUACUUCCCCGUAUACUACAUCAGCGCGUAUAGUCGCGAUCCUAAAUUUGUUCACCCCUCGCUCUCAUACGUUGAUUCCCUCAAUUUGGUCCUGAUUCUGAACGGCGUCAGUAUCGUCGGCCGGUUGCUGCCGAAUCACCUUGCUGACCGCUGGGGUCCUCUCAAUCUUCUUGGACCUUUCUCUUUAUUGGGUGGCAUUCUGAAUUUCGUAUGGAUGGUCAUCGAUACACCUGCAAAGGUAUACGUUUGGGCUGCGUUUUAUGGAAUCUCGGCAGGAGGUGUUCAGAGCUUGUUUCCGGCAGGAUGCAGCUCGUUGACGACGGAUCCGCGAAAGCAAGGGACCCGUAUAGGCAUGAUAUUCACAAUUGUCAGUUUCGCCACGCUGUCGGGAAAUCCAAUCUCUGGAGCCAUCAUUACUGCUAAUGGUGGAAGAUAUGUCGGUGCUCAAGCCUUUGCCGGAACCAUUUUGUUGCUCGGCACGGCCUUCAUAUUUGCAGCAAGGGUUGCAAGAAUGCGAAGAACAGGCUCAGGGUGGGCAGUGAAAAUUUGAAAGGCCGUGUGAGAUUUAGAGGCUCCAGGCUUCCCCUAUUGAGGUAGCGUACCAUUUCCGAUGGAAGAACGGAGCAUAAAAAGAGAUAGAUAUGUCUUAAUUGAUUAAUAC